UAUCUUUCAGAGCGUCUCUUCGAUCAACCCGUCGUCUGCACCGUCUCAGCAGCCGAUGUGCACGCCGCCUUCAGCGCCAUAAUAAGCCGCAUCCAGAGAUUCUGUAACUGUAACUCCCAGAUGCCGCCCACUGUUAAGGUGGCUGUGGGCGGAGAUCAGAGCUACCUCACCAACGUCCUCAGCUGCUUUGUGGAGCAGCUGGCCAGCAAGACGCCUGAUUGGCUAAACUAUGUCCGCUUCCUUAUCCUCCCCACGGGAGCCCACCCACUUGCCAAGUACCUUUCGUCCCUGGACGGUAAAUUCAACAGCCUGUUCAUGGACGCAGGUUGGAGGGAGCUGUUUGGACGUCUGGAGCCUCCUCCUUUCGAUCCGGUCGAUGUCGCAGCUCGAGUGUCUCAGUAUCUGAGCGGAGCUGCUGUCUCUCACCUGUGUCCGAUCUCCGAGGCGAUGCUCACCUGUAAACACAAGAGCCCAGACGACGACUCCUAUCAGAAGUUUGUUCCUUUCAUCGGGCUGGUGAAGGUCGGCAUCGUGGAGCAGAACUUCCUGUCCACCUCAGUCGACUCCGAUGACAUCAUACUGGGGUCUCCUCCCUCCCAAUCAGGAGCACCAGUCAGCAUCACCUCCACACCUCCCUCCUCCCCCUCCACCAGCUGUCCGGGGGAGGCAAUGGGUCUGCAGGUCGACUACUGGAGCAGUCAGGGGGGAGGAGGGGGGAGGAAGGAGGUCGGGACGAAGAACACGCUGAAGAGCAACUUCCGCUCGCUGCAGGUGUCGAGGAUCAGCGGAGGAGAAUUGAUGAGUCUGACUGUGGUGACGAAAGAGAAGAACAAGAAAG